CGCCCGUCUCCGCGGCGGUGGCGGCCGUUCCCCGCCUCCCCGGCCGCCAUGGCCCUGACGGCCGAGACCGAGUCGCGGCUGUACCGCUCCCUGCGCGCCGCCGCCGGCGCCGCCGCUCACCUCGUGGCGCUGGGCUUCCCCACCGCCGUGGCCGUGCUGGCGCGGCCCGGAUCCAGCCUCUUCUCCUGGCACCCGCUGCUCAUGGCCCUCGCGUUCUCGUUCCUGAUGACAGAAGCCCUGCUGAUAUUCUCCCCGGAGACCUCGCUGCUCCGCUCCUUCUCCCGCAAAGUCAAAGUGCGGGCGCACUGGGCCCUCCAGCUGCUCGCCCUCCUCUGCGCCCUCCUGGGGCUGGGCAUCAUCGCCUACAACAAGCACCUGAACGGCAAGGCGCACUUCGUGACCUGGCACGGCCUGACGGGGCUGCUGACCGUGCUGUACGCCGGCGGGCAGUGCGCGGGGGGGCUGCUGCUGCUCUACCCCAAGCUGAUGAAGAACUGGACGCUGGCCAAGCUCAAGCUGUACCAUGCGACCUCGGGGCUGGUGGGCUACCUGCUGGGCUGUGCCAGCCUGAUGCUGGGCAUGUGCUCGCUGUGGUUCACCGCCUCGGUGACCAGCGCCUCCUGGUACCUCGCCAUGCUGUGUCCCCUUCUCACCAGCCUGGUUAUCAUGAACCAGGUGAGCAACGCUUACCUGUACCGCAAGCGGAGCCAGCACUGAGAGCCUGGUGCAGAUCUGAACUUCCCCUGCGUGAGCCAGUUGAGGCCAGGGCUCCCCAGGGGUCCCCUGCUCACACGGGGUCUCCCUGGAACUCGAUUUCUACCUAGUCGUCUCUCAUUAGUCCUGGAUUGUCUGUAGUGUCUUGUCCCUGGGGAGCAGCUGUGAUGCGUGUGACACCGAGCUGGCGGGAGCCACCCACCUCGUGCCUGCCUUGGUGGGGACGUUUCCCAGCACAGGUAAAGCUGCUGGUCCCCAGGGCAGCUUGGUGCUCAGCGCUGGGGACUGGGCGGGGUUCACUCAGGAUUCCUGCUCCUUCUCUCUCCCCUUGCCACCCAGGGCUGCUUUGGAGCAGGCAGGACAGGAGCCAUGGCGUUCCUGGUGAGGAGGGCGGGGAGUCCCCCCCUCUGCUGCCAUUAAGGCAGCUUGGCCAGUAAAGGUACAGAGCACAGCUGGGGCUUCAGCCAUAGUAGGCUGAGCAGGGUGGCAGCACCCACGGCAGACACAGUGGGACAGCAGCACAUCUAUCCCCAUGACACGGCCCCACGCAGGGACCAGGGGGCCUCCCCAGGACUGGUGCAGUCAGCCCUGCUCGACAGCCAGGGAUCUGGGCGCCCACUGCCACGCACAAACCCUUCCCGCAGGCUGGGACAGCAAAGCUUCAGCCUGGCAGGAGGCGGGGGGGGGGUCAUUUUACAGAGCAAAUUACCGAGCUGGGCUGCAAAUGGGUGGCCCCUCGGAGGGUCACAGGGAACAGCGCGAGCGCAGGGGGCAGCAGGGCUUGGCCCAGGCCCUGGGCGACGAGGCCUUGAGCGGGCAGAAAGACACCUCCUCUCCUCGCCAGCACAACGGCCUGCCGUCCAGCCUGCCCGCCCUCAGGGUGCUGCGAGGCUCCCUCUGCCGCAGUGGCCCCCCAGCUCCUCAGCACGUAUCCUGCUCUCAGCAGGGCUGGGAAAUUCCUCUGUAUCCAGAGCUUUUAUUCAAUAAAGAUUUCAGGCAGCUA